UAUUUGUUGUUCUCUAAGUGUGUACAUUUAGUUGUACUAUCCGAAGAGAAAGAAGAAAGCAGCAUCGAAGCACAGAAAUUGGAGGGCGGUUUCAUUUCCCUGCUUGAAGAAAUGGCACUCACUUUGCCCUUCUCAUCUUUCAUUUUACCAAUUAAACAUUUUAACUUCAACUCUCUUCACUAUCACAAACCCCUCUUUCAUUUCACCCUUUUCUCAACCCCCUCUUUCCAGAUUUGUGAUUCCAGAGCAACAAGAGUUCAAGCACUCAAAUCUGAUGGUGCUGGUUGGAACAGAAGAGGAAAAGAACCAUAUAGUGACAGUGAUGAUGAUGAUGAUGAUGCAUCCUCUCCCUCCAAAGAAAAUGACCCUUAUGUUAUGAAUCUUGAAGAGAGACGGGAAUGGAGGAGGAAAAUUAGACAGGUUAUGGAUAAGAAACCUACUAUUGAAGAGGUCGUAGACACCGACGAAAAGAAGAAGAAAAUGCAAAAGCUUCUCAAUGAUUACCAACUUGUUGUGGAAGAGGAGGAUCCUAAUUGGCCUGAAGAUGCUGAUGGUUGGGGAUUCAGCCUCGACCAGUUUUUUGACAAGAUUACCAUCCAAAACAAAAAGAAGGAAGAUAAUGAUGAUGUUGAUGAUGAUAAGCAAAUAGUGUGGCAAGAUGAUAAUUACAUCCGUCCCAUCAAAGACAUAAAGACUGCAGAUUGGGAUGAAACUGUGUUCAAAGACAUAAGUCCCUUGAUUAUUCUUGUGCACAAUCGUUAUAGAAGGCCAAAGGACAAUGAAAGAAUUCGAGAUGAACUAGAGAAGGCCGUGCAUAUCAUAUGGAGCUGCAGAUUACCCUCACCAAGAUGUGUAGCGCUUGAUGCUGUUGUUGAGACUGAACUAGUUGCUGCACUUAAAGUUUCAGCCUUCCCGGAGGUUAUCUUUACUAAAGCAGGGAAGAUUUUAUUCCGUGAUAAAUCAAUUCGCAAUGCAGAUGAGUGGUCAAAAAUCAUGGCCUUCUUUUUCUACCGCGGAGCCAAACCAUCGUGUUUGACUAACACUGCAAAUUUCCCGGAAAAUAUUCCUUCUCUUAACAUCGAUAAUCCAGUGUCCUGAAAAAUUGAAGAGCUCGAAGUUUCUAUCAAGCCAUUUAACAAUGCCUUUCAGCCUUUGUAUACGAUAUGCAUGGCGAAUGAAAGCAUAGCUCCAUUGACUGCAUGCAAUAUGAUAAAAUAACUGCAAGAAAGUUCCUACAACCGGUUGUUUGAUAUGUGACCAUGGAAGUGAUCGGAUAAAGCAAAAUGGAACUUGGAAGACGAAUCUUCAUUUACCAAUUGCCAGUUUAAUCAAAACAUGACAUAAGAUUCGCGGUGGCUUAUGAGUAAUGUCACUAGUGUACAUCAAGAAGGCACUGUCUGAGGUUGAUGGUGGUGACACUCAGAGACAUCAGAAUGUUGUAACAAGUAGUCUUAUGUAUUAUGUUUCGUUUAUUUCAUUUUUAUGUGAAUCUUGAAUAUUCUUAUUUUAAUGGAAA